AUGAGUGACUCUAAGAAAGAAUCAUCUGGAACAGAAGGAGGGAAAGCAUCAAAAAAGAGCAAAAGUUCUGGAUCUCAGGAUUCCUCCCAGCCCUCUCCGUUGGCUCUGCUCGCUGCCACCUGCAGUAAGAUCGGGGGACAAGGGGGAACAGAGGGGGCUCAGACCCAGGUCCAGGCUGGUCAGAUCCAGCUGCAGGCUGGUCAGCUCCAGGGUCAGAUAGUGUUGGACGCAGCUGGAGCCCAGACACUGGUGCCCCAGCAGCUGGAACUGGUCCCAGCCCAGUUUACAGGCAACGGCUGGCAGAUCAUUGCAGCGGCCCCAGCUAUGGCAAAGGAAAACAACAGUCAGUCUGUGGCUGUAACACUGGCCCCCACCAUGGUCAAUGACAGCUCUCCGAGUGGGCGCAAGGUAAAGGCAAUUGGAGGGACCAACAGUGCAGCAAUUGGCCAGCAGCAGCAAUUUCAGAUAAUUCAGGUUCAGAAUCUGCCCAAUGCUGGUAGUGGGGUGCAGUAUCAAGUUAUCCCGCACUUGCAGACUGCCGAUGGACAGCAGAUUCACAUCAGCUCAGCCCAGCCCACCUCUAUUGGAUCGUUACAAGAUCAGGUUCAACUUAUACCGACUCAAAGCCCUGGCCAGACCCAGACCAUUCUGCAACCUUCUACCCAACAGACCAUUUUGACAAGUACAGCCAAUCAAACUGUCCCACUCCAGAUUCGCCCCGCUCAGUCUUUCCCAAUCCAGCUCCAAACUAUACAGGGCUCCCAAACCCCUGUGAUGACUACAGUACCAAUAAACCUGGGAGGCAUGACCCUAGCUUUACCUGUCAUUAAUAAUAUGGGCACCACUGGGGCCGUGCAGUUAAUUCAAGCUGCGGACGGCACAAUAUCUGUUGCCAACAGUAAUCAGUUGGUGGCAACAGCCGUGUCAGGGAUGACCCCAGCUGCCCCAGCAGGAACUGUUAGCGAGGGGGACACGUCUGACGGGACACAAGUAGUGUCUGAGGGAGGGACUGACAUCCAAGCACAAGGCAGUGAAGUGGACUCUCAGAGCCAGGCCAAUGGGCUGCAGAAUCAGGCUGACUCCACAGGAGGCAUCCAACAAGUGAUUGUGGGCCAAGUUGGACACCAGCUGGUUCAGCAGAUCCAGCUGCAGCCCCAGACUCAGGGGCAACCCCAAGGCCAGCAGUCACAAGCUCAGCAUAUUCAGACAGUGCAGCUGGCCCCGGGACAAACACUGCAGCCCUUCCAGGCUUUCCAAAACUCUGCCCAGGUCCUCAUACGGACACCCACGCUGUCGCCCUCAGGACAGAUUACCUGGCAGACCCUGCAGCUGCCUGGAGGAGUUUCACUGCAAGGAGGGCUGGGAACGGCUGUACCUCAGCAGCUCACACUGGCCCCAAUGGCCGGUGGCACUGCGGUUGGUGGCGGUGGCCUGGUUUCCCUCAGUGGAGCCCCUCUCACUCUGAGUGCUGCUCAGAUUAACCCGGGCUCUGGGGUUCAGACUGUCAGCAUCGCUGGACUAGGCACUGCAGGGGUCCAGGUUCAGGGUGUCCCCCUCACCAUCACAGGUCUACAGAGUCAACCUCAAAGCCAAGAUGGAGUCAAGGUCCAACCAUCUCAAGUGACCGUCACUGUUGGCAACAUGGCAUCAGUGUCAUCCAUGAGCCCAGACCAGUUGGGCUCUGUUCAAAGCUCCUCAGACCAGGAGGGAGUGCCUAGUAAGAGGCUUCGCCGAGUGGCCUGCUCCUGUCCCAACUGCAGGGACGGGGAGGGAAGGAAUAGUGGAGAUUCCUCAAAGAAAAAGCAGCACAUCUGUCACAUGGAGGGCUGUGGGAAAGUGUAUGGGAAAACGUCCCACCUUCGAGCACAUUUACGGUGGCACACAGGCGAGAGGCCUUUUGUUUGUAAUUGGAUUUUUUGUGGUAAGCGAUUUACAAGAAGCGAUGAGCUACAAAGACACAGAAGAACACACACAGGUGAAAAGAGAUUUGAGUGUCCAGAGUGCUCCAAACGCUUCAUGCGAAGUGACCACCUGUCCAAGCACAUCAAGACCCACCAGAACAAGAAAGGCGGCGCGGCAGUGGCCAUUAUCACUACUGAAGACCUGGAGGAGGAUGUUGCUGAGGGCUUGGCCUCAUCUCCACAAAUUGUUGCCGUGGGAACUCUGAAUCGAGACUCUGACCCCGCCACACCCACAACCUCCAAUCACCUGGAGGACGACGAAGAGGAUGAGGAAGCGGCCGACUCCUGCUUGUACACAGAAGGCUAA